UCGCUCGCUGGGCACUGUAAUCUUAUUACAGACUUUAUCCGUUAGUAGAUUUAUAUGGGGGUUAAUUGCGAGGGCAACGUUCAAUUGCUUUGAUCAAACUGUUAGUAUUCUCCGUUGUUGGCGGGCAUUAACGGUCGCACAAGCUGGCACAUUGAAGAGCUGCCGGCCUUUGUCAUUUUCCCACCAACCGUCCUGUUUUUAUCUGUCUUAUCAAACUAACGUGACUUCUGACACAAAAUGACUCGGUCUUGAUUUUUCUGACGCACGUGGAUGUAAAUUACGGAAACCUAUUAAAUGUUCCACAAAUGCGGGAUGGCGUCAUUCCAUGUCGUUAUUCAGCGAUUCACGUCAUAUUUCUAUGCUAGGAAAAUGAGUCAGCCUCUGUUUCACAACACGACGCCUCUUUUUAAUCACAACACGUCACGUUGCGUGGUGUGUUUGUACGCUGUGAAGACGUGGCCCCUUAAGCAUCUCUGCGCUUUAAGACAGAUCAUGGUUGUCAUAUGCCAUGUUGGGGGAGAUACCAGUUCGUGUGUCAUUUUAUAAUAGUUCUAACAGUCAAAGUGAAUUGAGAGAGAGCAUUUGCAAGGUGCUCACCUAAAAGGUCAUCAGGGAGGAGAGCUCGACCUUCACAGGGUGUGGGUUACGGCAUAACAUCUGGACGACAGUGGACCUCAUAUUUCUUUGUUUCUGGACUUUUAAGGCUCCUGGUCUGACAGUUCUCAUACCUUUUUUAGAACUGUAGCACACUGAAGCAGGACUCCUCACUGGCACUCCAACCCUCCCCUUUUACUUAAACAGUAUGGGUUUUCAGUCAAAUGCUGUCCAAUCUAUCCUUCUUUUUCCAAUCCACCUUCUGGUCUGGCUGUACUCCGUCAUUUCAUUCUUACCAUGGUACUAUAUCACGGGUGCCAGCCUGAAGAAGACACUCGCCGAACGGGUCAAGGGCCGCUCCAAGUCAGGCCAUGCAGAAGGGCCAUACCGCUCUGUGGACCACUUUGACACACUGGCCAAGGUAGACUUGCCCGGCAAGGACACACUGGAUAAGUUGUUUGAUUUCGCCGUGGAGCGCUUUGGAAACCGUCCAUGUCUCGGUGUCAGAGAUGUGUUGAGUCAGGAAAAUGAGAUACAGCCCAGCGGGAAAGUUUUCAAAAAGCUUAUCCUGGGUGAUUAUAAAUGGCUCUCCUACAAUCAAGUGGACUCUCUUGUCAGUCAGUUCGGAAGAGGAUUGGCAGCUCUCGGCCAGAAGCCCAAAACCACCAUUGCUAUUUUCUGUGAGACCAGAGCAGAGUGGAUGAUAACAGCCCAAACAUGCUUCAGGCACAAUUUCCCAUUGGUGACCUUCUAUGCCACGUUGGGGGAAGAUGCGAUUGCGUUCGGACUGAAUGAAACUGGAGUGUCGCACCUUGUUACCAGUGUGGAACUGCUGGAGUCUAAGCUGAAAAAUGUGCUUCCGCAGAUCCCAAAACUGAAACAUAUCAUCUGUGUGGACCAGAAGAAGGUGACCACAGAGGGUUAUCCAGCAGAACUCUGUAUCCACAGCAUGCAAGCUGUGCAAGACCUGGGCGCACUUCCUGAAAAUAUGGGCCAGGAGAAUGUGAAGCCGCAGCCGUCCGACCUGGCUGUGGUCAUGUACACCAGCGGCUCCACCGGCCGACCCAAAGGAGUCAUGAUUGUCCACAGUAAUCUGGUCGCAGGAAUGACUGGCCAGUGUGAACGCAUCCCAAAUCUAGGCCCGAAUGACAGUUACAUAGGCUACCUGCCUCUGGCACAUGUUCUGGAAAUGACUGCAGAGAUCUCCUGUAUCACAUAUGGAUGUCGCAUCGGCUACUCUUCCCCACACACACUGUCUGAUCAGUCCUCCAAAAUAAAGAGAGGAAGUAAAGGUGACGCCACUGUGCUUCAACCAACGCUGAUGGCAGCUGUGCCGGAAAUUUUGGAUCGUAUCAACAAAAAUGUGAUGAGCAAAGUGCAGGAGAUGGGUUAUGUCCAGAAGAUGCUAUUCAACCUGGGCUACCAAUACAAACUAAAGCAGAUCAAGAGAGGCUACGACGCACCGCUCUGUAAUAUCCUGUUGUUCAAGAAAGUGAAGAAGAUUCUGGGAGGGCGAGUGCGCUUGAUGCUCUCAGGAGGUGCUCCUCUGUCCCCAGCUACACAGAGGUUCAUGAAUGUUUGCUUCUGCUGCUCAGUGGGACAAGGCUAUGGCCUCACGGAAACCUGUGGAGCAGGCACCAUCAGCGAGGUCGCAGACAACAGCACGGGGCGUGUCGGAGCGCCACUCAUCUGCUGUGAGAUCAGACUGCGCGACUGGGCUGAAGGUGGCUACACCAGCAAAGAUAAGCCCAACCCAAGAGGUGAAGUCCUGAUUGGUGGCCCCAACGUGACAAUGGGCUACUUCAAGUACGAGAGCAAGGAAGAGGACUUCUUUUUGGAUGAGAACGGUCAGAGGUGGUUUUGCACAGGAGAUGUUGGCGAGGUUCACCCAGAUGGCUGUCUGCAAAUAGUUGAUCGGAAGAAAGACUUGGUCAAACUGCAGGCAGGGGAGUACGUGUCUCUUGGUAAGGUGGAGUCCGCUCUGAAGAACAGCUCCCUCAUAGACAACAUCUGUGUUUACGCGAACAGUGACCAGAACUACGUGAUCAGCUUUGUGGUUCCCAACCAGAAGCGGCUGAUAGAACUGGCCAAGCGGAGAGGAAUAGUCGCUUCCUGGGAAGAGCUGUGCACACACUCCGACAUGGAGAAAGAGGUUCUGGGGGAGAUCAAGCAAGUGGCUGCCAACAUUAAACUCCAGCGCUUUGAGAUUCCCGCCAAGGUCCACCUCAGCGCAGAACCAUGGACGCCCGAGACGGGUCUGGUCACGGACGCAUUUAAGCUGAAGCGGAAAGAGCUGAAGAACCACUAUCUCCACCACAUCGAGAGAAUGUACGGGGGCAAAUAACCUCUUUCAGCCUUGACCACUCUUGUUACCUGUAAAUAGUUUUGCUGUUAACCGUGUGUUGGCUUUCUGUGCUGUCACACCAGUGAAAAUGGGCACAACAGGGAAGUUUCAAAUGGUUGUUGUAGCUGAUGAUCCAUCCGUGCCACCGGUGUGUAGAAUACAGUUGAUUUUGUCUAAAAAUGUCUGUUGGUACUUUGUUGCUGUUUAAAAAAGAAAACUAUCACUCCUCCAUGUGUUGCUAAUGCCGUUACCUUCAUUGAAAUCUUAAUGAUAGCAACUCUUUUGUAGUUGGAGUACUGAUGUUACUGUGCCUUCAGUCUGCAGCACUUGUGGCGUUUUGAUAAUAGUCCAGUGUUCAAAACUGCCUCGUGAAAGUUUACAAAAUGUCACCAACACUCCCUAUCCAGAGAUAUGCUUGAUAACUUAAUUUAUUGUGGCUAAAGUCAUUAUAUUCAUGCUAUUUGUCAAGUCAUGCUGAAAAUAAGACCAAAUGUGUAAUACAAACGACUCAGGAAGAUCAGCAGAUGUUUUAAUUAAACUGCCAAAAGUGGGUUGCCUGCACUUAGAGACAUGCUUGUCUCGUCAGUAUCUUGUUAUUAGAGCAAGAUGGAUUGUGGAUGUGCUUUUACGGCAGUAGCGACAUCUUUCAGAUGACAUAUAGAGCAUCUUUUUCUUCAGUUUACAGGAUUAUGAACAAGUUGGUGUAAAGGGGAAAAUUACCAUGUCAAUAUACAGUAGGAGUGUUUUAUAUGUAUUUCUACGUGUGGAAACGCCAGUUUAUGGACUUUGUUUGUAUAAUGCACAUAGUGCUCUGUUAGGAUCACAGGCCUUGUUCAAGCUUUUCCUGAGAAUAAAUACCUUUUCAUAUUCAA